AUGAUGACGUGCCGUCUGCUGUGCGCCCUGCUGGUGCUCGCCCUGUGCUGCUGCCCGUCCGUAUGCGCCGCAGAGACUGAGGAGAUCACUGUUGAUCUUGAGGCUGAAGAUGAAGUGGAUGGAAGAGACAACCGUCAAUCGCCCCAUGCACCAGGAAUACCAAUGAAUCAGAAUCAAACUCAGGCUGAAUCUCCUGAAGCCGCCCCCAGUCUACCGCCCCCUCCAUCAGUGGCACAAUCACAGGGGACCGGUCAGCCAGGGUCGUCAAGUAAUGGGGCCGCUGCGAAACACGGAAAUAAUGCGGGAGAUACAGGAACCUUGCCUGGUCCGCAUUCGCAAUCAAGCGGUGCGCAUAAUACGGUACAAAGAGAAGGUACGGAAGACACGUCAGGGGAAAAAAGUGGCGCGAGUACAUCCACAGAACAAGCAAUUAAGAAAGUCGACGAUUCUGCCGAGACGACGAUGACGACCACGACCACUACGACAAAGGCACCAACUACGACCACUACAACUACGACCACAGAGGCGCCAACCACGACGACCACCCGCGCACCGUCACGUCUUCGCGAAGUGGACGGCAGCCUCAGCAGCUCUGCGUGGGUGUGUGCCCCGCUGCUGCUUGCCGCAUCCGCGCUGGCGUACACUGCUGUGGGCUGA